GAGGGGAACCACUGCGCUCCACUGGACCGAGAUUCAAGUGUCUCGUCACCUUUUGGCUGUUUGACCCCGGCGAGUUGCUUAACCUCUCGGUGCUCUAGGCAACCGGGACUCUAAGUUACUAAACUGUUGCCGACCGGCUGGGGUACAGGGAGUCUCCUCAUUGGGAGUUCCCUACGCCAAUGAAAUCUCGCGUCCGGGCGGGGAAAAAAAAAAAAAAAAAAAAAAAAAAAGGAAAAAUUCAGACGGAUUCCUCGAUUCUUAAGCGAGCGUCGCAGGUGCACGGACGUGCCCUCCAGGUGGGACUCUCUAAGAUAUUCGCGAAUGAACUUGGCCCCAGUAUGGAUCCAGGUGGUGGAGGUCUUGGAUUGCAGACGCAAGAAUCCAAAGUGUCCCAUACUAUGAUAAUGCAGGAUUUUGGAUUUUACCUGCAUCUAGUUAUUCCACCUUGCCACUGAAGUCCUCUUCUGCUUCCUCCUCCUGGCAAGGAUUUGCUCGACCCGCCCCCUCUGCCCCCACUCCCCCCAAAGUACAAACUCUGGCAGCUCCUACCAAAUUGUCAAGACUUCCGGUUCGACCCCUCAUGACUGUUGUUCCAGUACCAGUCUAGCUAAGCCUGGAGAGGCUCCACAUUGGCCACGGCAACUCUAGAAGACCUACUAAGUCUUGGAGUUGAGAUCUUCACCUUUCUAAAUGUAUAGAAACACUAAAGGCCUACAGGAGCACUAGUGCUUUGGAGCGGUCCACUGUUUGGAAGAAGGGGCUAGAAAUUGAAAAGAGAUUUUGGGAGUUAGGUGUUCAAAGUGCCAUUGGUGGCCACUAGCCACUUCCUAACUUGUUAAAUUAAACAUGUCUGGAAUGGCUGGUACUGCUCGUAUCGACGGAGACCAUAUUUUUGUAUCAGUUCCUGAAGCUCUAUUAGUUUCUGAUGUUGUCACGGAUGAUGGGAUAAAUCUUGAUCAUGGCCUUGCAUCUGAAGUUAUCCAAGGGCCUGAUAUCGUCACAGAAAAUGAUUUUGUAACAGAAGGUGUGUUUGUUCCUGAAUCUGUUCUGGAAGCUGAUAUUGCCAUUGAAGAAAUUUUAGAUAUUAGUGAUCACAUUUUGACUUCUGACUUAAUAACAGAAACUGUUAGAUUACCUGACCAGAUUUUUGUGGCUGACCUUGUUACUGGUCCUGAAGGCCAUUUGGAACAUGUGGUCCAGGAUUCUGUGUCAGGAGCUGAUUCUCCCACAAUAGUCUCAGAGGAAGUUCUUGUAACCAAUUCAGAUACAGAAGCUGUGAUUCCUGGUUCUGCAGUUGCUAUAAAAACUGAAGAUGAUGAUGAUGGCAAGAGCACUUCUGAAGACUACUUAAUGAUAUCUUUGGAUGAAGAUGCAGAAAAACUAGACCAAAUUGCAAACCCACCAGUAAAAAUCAACACUGAAGCUUCCAAUGAUGAUGUCACUAAAGAAGAUGGGUUUGGUUCAGAAGUUAUAAAAGUGUAUAUAUUUAAAGCUGAAGCUGAAGAUGAUGUGGAAAUAGGUGGAACAGAAGUUGUUACAGAAAGUGAUUUCCACAAUGGACAUUCUAUCCCUGGAGUACUUGAACAGCAGGGAUAUGUUGGCCGAAUGCAGCGAGAGAAGAUGGUUUACAUGGCAGUUAAAGACCCCUCUCGUGAGGGUGAAGAUCUCAGAAAUAAUGUGGACACCAGAUUAGAAAAUAAAGAUGGUACCUCAGGACAGUUUCUUCAGAUUUGUGAUAGCGUUAACACAAAUAAGGCACUUAAGCAGAAGUCCAAGAGAAGGAAACGGGGAGACAGGCUAUGGCAAACAGCUAUUAUAAUUGGUCCUGAUGGGCAGCCCUUGACCGUAUACCCUUGCUAUAUUUGUGGGAAGAAGUUUAAAUCCAGAGGAUUCUUGAAAAGACACAUGAAGAAUCAUCCUGAUCACAUAAUCAAGAAAAAAUAUCAGUGCACUGAUUGUGAUUUCACAACUAGUAAGAAAGUAAGUUUUCAUAAUCACUUAGAAAGCCAUAAGCUCAUGAAUAAAGUCGAUAAGAACCUUGAAAUGACGGAAUAUACGAAAAGAUACAAAGAAGCUAGUCCAUUGAGUUCCAAUAAGCUUAUAUUAAGAGAUAAAGAACCUAAAAUUUAUAAAUGUAAAUAUUGUGAUUAUGAGACUGCAGAACAAGGGCUGCUAAACAGACACAUGCUUGCUGUUCACAGCAAAAGUUUUGCUCAUGUUUGUGUUGAGUGUGGGAAGGGGUUCCGGCACCCCUCCGAGCUUAAGAAGCAUAUGAGGACCCAUACAGGGGAAAAGCCAUACCAUUGUCACCAUUGUAUAUUCCGCUGUGCCGAUCAGUCAAAUUUAAAAACUCACAUGAAAGCCAAACAUGGCACUGUUUUACCAUAUAAGUGUGAGCACUGUCCUCAAGCUUUCUCUGAUGAAGCCGAGCUUCAACAGCACCUGGACUUAUUCCAAGGACAUAAAACUCACCAGUGCCCUCAUUGUGAUCAUAAGAGUACCAAUUCAAGUGACCUUAAGAGACAUAUCAUUUCUGUCCAUACUAAAGAUUUCCCUCACAAAUGUGAAGUGUGUGAAAAGGGCUUUCAUCGUCCUUCUGAGCUAAAAAAACAUGGUGAAAGUCAUAAAAGUAAAAAAGUCCACCAGUGUAGACACUGUGACUUUAAAACAUGCGACCCGUUUGUGCUCAGUGGCCAUAUCCUCUCUGUUCAUACCCGAGACCCUCCUUUAAAAUGUAAAAAGUGCAAGAGAGGAUUUAGGCAGCAAGCUGAACUUAAGAAGCACAUGAAGACCCAUAGCGGAAGGAAAAUUUAUCAGUGUCAGUACUGUGAGUACAAUACUACAGAUGCCUCUGGCUUUAAGCGACAUGUUAUCUCCAUACAUACGAAAGACUAUCCACACAGAUGUGACUACUGCAAAAAGGGCUUCCGUAGGCCAUCGGAAAAAAAUCAGCAUAUAAUGAGACACCAUAAAGAGACCGUAAUAUAAAAUGAUAUA